UCCAACACUGAACAAUAAACUCUCAGUCUGUUUGAUGGUCAUCAUGUUUCAUCCAAACCAAGCAGCUCUGCUCUCUUUAUUAUUUAUGCACGGGGUCUUUGCAGAUCAAGAAGGCAACCACAAGAAUGAAGAGGUGUCCAGAGGAGGCUCUGUCAUUUUUACUUGCAACACAUCAAGAGAAAAUACAAAACAAAUCAACUGGAGCAAAGGCAGAUUUUCUUUUUCUCAUUUAAUGAAAGGAAAUGUGACUGUUUCAAAUUUCCCCUCUGACAGACUGACAAUAGAUCUAUCCUCAAAGCUGAUUAUUUCUAAUGCUCAGGAAGAUGAUGAAGGACUAUAUACAUGUAAUUUAACUGAAUCUUCAGGUUCAACGACUUAUCGGUGGAAUUUAACCGUGUCUGACAAACCUGAAGAGGAGAAGUCAUCGGGGUAUUUCCUAUACAUACUCACAGCUGGGAUCGGAGUGGUACUGUGUUGCAUCAUUUCAGCCACAUGCCUCUGUAGGAAAUGUAAGGCCAAGACAGCAGACCAGAACCCAGUCCAGGACCAGUUUCACCAGCAGUCAGCUGGAGAGAUCCCUCAACAGCAAAGUGGUACAGACAGGAGGACAAAUAACAAGCGGAAGAGCGAGUACAUGGAGAGGCUCAACUCAAUCUAUGAUGCCUACUGAGCUGUCUUUCAAAUGAAAGACAAACAAGUGACACAUGUAAUUCAUUUUUACAGUUUUAAACCAGGUGCUUACAAGUUUUAUAUAU